AUGAGGAACCUGCGAUUUGCUCUGAAGCAAGAAGGCCACAGUCGAAGAGACAUCUUCGAGAUUAUUUUCAAAUAUGCUUUCCCACUGUCUCAUGGAAUGCAACUCUUUGCUUUUCUGAGUCAGGAGAAGUAUGAGGAGAAUGGCUGGAACAUGUAUGAGGCCAUGGAAGAGUACAGGAGGCAGGGUGUACCCAAUAGUGAGUGGAGGGUCACUUUCAUCAAUAAGAACUACGAGCUGUGUGACACCUAUCCCACAAUUCUUGUUGUUCCAUACAAGGCCACAGAGGAAGAUCUUAAAAGAGUCGCUACCUUCCGCUCCCGCUGCCGCAUCCCG